GAGGCUGCAUAAUCCGGGCGGCUCCAGCAUCAAUACUGUUACACACAGACACUGGCCGUGAUGAAGGACUGUAGAAUCAUCUUCCUUGGAUCAGAAAAGGUUGGCAAGUCCUCACUCAUUCACCAGUUCAUGGAAGGUUCCUUCACCGAUGACUAUCGUCCUACAGUGGAGGAAAGCUACAGAAGGAUGGUGCGUCUCCCAGCUGGUAACUAUGCCAACAUAGAGAUUCUUGACACGGCAGGGAAAUCCGACUUCCCGGCAAUGAGAAGGUUGAGAAUCGAGCAUGGAAAUGCCUUUGUUGUCGUCUAUGCUGUAAAUGACGAACAUUCAUUCCAAUCAGCCCUCAGCCUCUGCAGGCUCAUCUUCUCCAUCAAAGGUCAAGUGAAUGUCCCUGUCGUCCUCGUUGGCAACAAGUUGGACUGCGACACGACAAGGAAGGUGUCAACCGAGACCGCCACGAAACUAGCCCGGGAUGAAAUGGGUUGUUCUUACGUGGAGUCCAGUGCCAAAUGUAACCUGAACGUUGAUUGCUUGUUUGAUGUAUUGCUUCUCAAGAAGGUCCAACAAGAAGAGGUUCAGGAUGGUCAACCGAGGAAAACAAGGAGGAGUCAUAGUUCAAGGUCACUGUGUUCCCAGGGCAGCACGCGCAAACAGCUGCAGAGGAACUAUAGUGUGUGCAGCUGUGUCAUGGCAACGUCCGACAAAAAGAAAAAGCAUGUGCAUGGGUGCAAAAUCAUGUGACACUAGGCACAUUACUAUUUACCCUCCCCCCAAGGGUAGACGAUGCAUUUUAUCAAAUAUGAGCCAGGUUGGUUCGGAGCCUUUGUGAAGUGGUGCAGUAUAAAGACGCUGUGAUGUUAUAAUGAUUGAUCUCGCUGUAACUCCGAGAUGGCUUAGAGGAAAGCUGUGACAUUUGUAGGAGUGACAAGGCUUGAUGGCACUGGCUGGCUGAUGGUGGUAACGCGACACCCAACUAUACAUCGUGUUGGAAAUGUCAGAUUUCAGGCUGCAAUGCUGCACUUUUGAAGUGAUACCUUCUGCGAACGCGAAUUGAUUAACUGAAUUUUUUGUUCACACACACAGCGCAAAGCCUUCAUACCAGACUGUGGCGCUCGCAUUAAAGUAGUCACGUUUACCUACAAUACGUUAUCGAAACAACGUCCCUAUGCAUGUAUUGACGGUAUUUGUUCGAAGGGAGCCGCAGUUAAAGGUGCACGGAGAGAUUGAUAAGGGCUUUCACUGUAUUCUCAAUAGCAACAGCAGAUUAACUCUGGAAAUACCUGCCCAAUGAACGUUCGUGGAAUGCUUACUAACCUGCAACUUUGAAGUAAGCAGGUUCCGUAAUAUCCCAAACCCUGUGUGAUAUUUAGAGUAUACUGUUAUAAACAGAUACGAUACUAGACACGUUAUUUUUCUAUUCUUGUGGGAGUGUGUUAUAUGGAUACAAUAUCAGUAGAUAGUAUUCAUCAUGACAUCUGUGUCAGUUUUCAAAAACGAAAAUAAUAAAAAUAAUAAAAUAUUGUGCAAAGUU